AUGGUUCCGAUCGGUCGCACCCGACUUCAGACAGGAAUCCUGACUGCGCCCAUACGUGUGUCUGGAACUGAAGGAGGAAGAGUGGAAUUAACGUGCCCAUAUCCAGAUGAGCACAAAUACACAAACAAGUACUUCUGCCGGCACCCUUGUUGGGAGAGUGAUGUUCUUAUCACAUCAGGAAAGGCUGGUGAUGGAGAAAGAAACGGAAGAUAUUUAACUGUGGACACCACAAGUGCAAGGACUUUCUCAGUGAUCAUCUCUAAUCUGCAGCUGGGUGAUGCUGGAGUUUACUACUGUGGGCUUUAUCAGUGGGGACCAGACACUUUAACCAAAGUGGUGCUGUCCGUCAGUAAAGCUCCAACAUCAGUGUCUCCUCCAUCCACCACUAAAGCCCCCACCCAUCUACAGGAUACAACCAACACUCUACUCCCUACAGAUCCUUCAUCAGAAGUUCAAAGUGAGAUUAGUUCUUCUAAAGACACACGGAGCAACCAAUCAGCUUCUUCCACCACUCACUCAACAACGCUCGGCUCUACACUACCUGGAACUGUUGUUAUCUCCAUGGUGUGUGGGGUGAGUCUAGCUGUGCUGGUGUCCUGUGUGUUGCUGUCUCUGGUGAUUCUCUACAGGAAGAGAACUGCUGCUGGCAAAUCACAUGGUCUGAAAUCAGCAGCAGGAAAUCAAACCCUAUCUGCGCCACCUCAGGCAGAAGAGGAUGCUGUUCAUGUGUAUGAUGAGAUGGUGGAGCUGACGGUCUAUAGUGCGGUGCAGUUCCAUUCUGAGCCACAGGGGGAGCCCUCAGACCCCUACAGUCUGGCCCAGCCCACAGCGCCCCCCCACAGCACGGACCACCUCAGUGGGCAACCUGCGCAGCAGCCCCUUUAUGCAGACGACAGGGACGUCUACUCCGUCAUUGAAGCUGCGCAACAGACACUUCAUACGGACAGCACUGACGUCUACUACAUCAUUGAGGGACCACAACAGACACCUCAUACAGACAGCACUGACGUCUACUCCCUGCUCGCUCCACACUGAAACAAAGCCCCCUCCACUCACACACACACACACACACACACACACACACACACCUACAGCUGUCACCAGAGACCAGGAACCAGCAGUGGACUAACAUCAGGCCUUUAACAUGGACACCAGACUAGCAGAGGACUAACAUCAGGCCUCCAACAUGGACACCAGACCAGCCGCGGAUUAACAUCAUGCCUUUAACAUGGACACCAGACCAGCCGCGGAUUAACAUCAUGCCUUUAACAUGGACACCAGACCAGCCGCGGAUUAACAUCAGGCCUCAAACAUGGACACCAGACUAGCAGAGGACUAACAUCAGGCCUCCAACAUGGACACCAGACCAGCCGCGGAUUAACAUCAGGCCUUUAACAUGGACACCAGACUAGCAGUGGACUAACAUCAGGCCUUUAACAUGGACACCAGACCAGCAGUGGACUGUGCCCACAUUGUUAGCUGUGGGACAUGGAGUGAUGUAUGACAAUGAUCAUCCCCGUGGAGACAUUAAAGUUGCAGUGAGUGAUGUAUGAAAAUGAUUGUUCCCAUGGGGACAUUAAAGGUGCAGUCAGUGAUGUUGCAGGAAGUCGUGUUUGUUUGUGUUUAUAUUUAGAUUUAUUAGCAGACGCUAAUUUUAACCAAGGACCAAACAAAACACACCAGAGAGGUAGCUCACUCCUCCCUUCAGUAUUCCCAGAGAGGUCUCUCACCCCUCCCUUCAGUAUUCCCAGAGAGGUCUCUCACCCCUCCCCUCAGUAUUCCCAGUGAGGUCUCUCCCCCCUCCCUUCAGAAUUCCCAGAGAGGUAGCCCACUCCUCUCUUCAGUAUUCCCAGAGAAACUCCACAGGGUUUUGUUUUUGUUUCCAGCUCUGGGAGGCUGGGCUGCCUGCAGAGUGCACUCACAGAAUGGGCAGUAGGUGGGUUGUGAGGAGAUGAUUGCUGAACGUGACAAGAGAUCAUAUGAUUGCUGACUGCACCUUUAAAGCCUCUGUCUGUCCAUCUUGCUCUGGCUGCAGCCUCUGGAGACGUUUAAAGGCCAGUUCAAACUGAAGAUUCGCGACGGUCUGAGACGGUUGUGGAGAGCAGUUGCGGCGGUGUGAAUCAAAAGUUGCAAGCAGUUUCAAGCCGUCGCUAAACAUUCAACAUGUCAAAUCUUAGUUGCAGAGUUUUAGAACAUUUUUGCGCGGAGCUAUUGUGACGUUGGCUAAAAACUUCUUGUCCUCACGCCUAGACUGUUGUUAUGGUAACAUUGUUGCCGUUUUAAUGUCGUUGCAGUGGUCUGAACGCCUAGAACACAUUGUUGCAGAAAGUUGCUGGUUUUUAGAAUGUUGCAGCUCGUCUCGUCGCGGAUCUUGUGUUUGAACUGGCCUUAAGACUGUCUGUCCAUCUUGCUAUAGCUGCAGCCUCUGGAGAAGUUUAAGACUGUCUGUCCAUCUUGCUCUAGCUGCAGCUCUGGGGACGUUUAAGACUGUCUGUCCAUCUUGCUCUAGCUGCAGCUCUGGGGACGUUUAAGACUGUCUGUCCAUCUUGCUCUAGCUGCAGCUCUGGGGACGUUUAAGACUGUCUGUCCAUCUUGCUCUGGCUGCAGCCUCUGGGGACGUUUAAGACUGUCUGUCCAUCUUGCUCUAGCUGCAGCUCUGGAGACGUUUAAGACUGUUUAUACCACUGCUUGGUCAAAUUUCCUAUUGUGAUGCGCUGUUUGGAACGUGCAGUUCCCUACUUUUGGGCUUAUUACACUUGAAUAUUAAUUUGCCAAUGUCAAUGUAACGGUAAAAACAACAACGUUGUAUCUAAGACAGCGGCAAUAUAAACGAAAGUGAUAGUAGCAGUGGUAUAAGUGGGAUAAUCAACUCCGCGCCGUGCGUUUAUAGGAAAAUAAUGCACAUAUCGAAGUGUAAAGUCCCCUCUGCCUGCGGCGUCGGGUCCUUAUUACCACUUCGAACGUGCAUUAUUUUCCUAUAAACGCACGGCGCGUCGUUGAUUAUCCCUUACCUGUCCAUCUUACUCUAGCUGCAGCUCUCUGGAGACGUUUAAGACUGUCUGUCCAUCUUGCUCUAUAGCUGCAGCCUCUGGGGACGUUUAAGAUUGUCUGUCCAUCUUGCUCUGUCUACCUUUAGCAGAGGCGCCAUGAGACGUGUGUAAUGUUUUGCCGCUCUAUGAAAGACAAGAAAUAGACAUUGAAGAAGCGUUAGUGCAGAGAGUGCGGGCGCCAGUAACACCUCCCAGACACAGUUCCUGUGUUGUUCUCACCAGCACUGGCCCAAAUGGUGGCUGAGAAGAUCAGAAAAAGAAAACUUAUCUGCACACUGUCUUGCAUGCUCGCAGAUCUAUAUCCAUUUACAGAGGUGGCAGACAGUGUGUGUGUGUGUGUGUGUGUGUGCAGAGCUGGUGUAACCCUGUAGACAGCUGCCAGGACAGAGGUGCAGCUGACCUCUGUCAGUGGGUGGUGGGUCGUUAUGACAACAGCAGCGCCAUAACGGGAGGCACAGCAGUGGUUUACCACAUCAUUCACACACACACACACACACACACACACACACACACACACACACACACACACACACACACACACACCAUAUAGCUCCUCUGCUGAAGCCUUUUAGUUUGUGUGUGUGUGUGUGUGUGUGUGUGUGUGUGUGUGUGUGUGUGUGCAUACCCCUGCUGAAUGCAAACACAAUACAACUUAUGCACUAAUAUGCUUUUGUGAAUGUGUGUGUGUGUGUGAGUGUAUGUGCAUUAGACAAAUGUGUGUGUGUGUGUGUGUGUGUGUGUGUGUGUGUGUGUGUGUGAGAGAGAGAGUGUAUGUGCAUUAGACAAAUGUGCGUGUGUGUGUGUGUGUGUGUGUAUGGAAA